UCACCAGCGCUUACAACUGACAUAAACUUUCGCGUAAUUUCGAACGACUUUUGCAUUUAAAAGUAGACUUUAAGCUUACGGGCGGCAAAACGGUAACGAGCAUAUACAAAAUUUUGGGUUAAGAUGGAUUGCUGCCUGGAUUGCUUUUUACCAGAGGUGGAACGCCAAAAGCGGAUCAUUAGCAAACAAAUAGAUGAGGAAAUAGAAAAAAAGAAGCGCCAAGAAAAGAACCAGAUCAAAUUGUUGCUGUUGGGGACUGGAGAAUCGGGUAAAUCUACAUUUAUACGACAAAUGCGUAUCAUAUACGACAAAGGCUUUACGGACGAGGAUAGUAAAGGCUUCAUACCAACCAUCAUGCAAAAUAUAUUGGAGUCUAUGAAAACAAUGAUUGGGGCCAUGAGCUACUUCAACAUUGACUAUGAACUUCACUCCAAUAUAAGAAACUCGCAGGUGAUUAAAAACGCAGAUAACGAAAAAUUUGCCAGCCUAAUUGACAUGUACCUUACGGCCAUUAAAGAGCUGUGGAGCGAUGCCGGCAUCCAAGAGUGUUUUCUGAGGCGAAGCGAAUAUCAACUGAUGGAUUCCAUUAAAUACUAUUUGGAAAACAUUGAUCGCAUUGCCUUGCGCGGGUAUAUUCCCACUCAGGACGAUAUUCUGCAUGCACGCGCAGCCACCUCCGGUCUGGUUGAGUAUAAAUUUAAGAUACAGAACGUUGAUUUCCUUAUGGUAGAUGUAGGCGGCCAAAGAUCGGAGCGCAAGAGGUGGCUGAAUUGUUUCGACAAAGUCCAGGCGAUUAUUUUUUUGACCGCCAUCUCAGAAUACGACCAGGUUUUAAUGGAAUCGGAUCAACUCAACCGUCUAGUGGAAUCGAGAAAUGUUUUCCACAAAAUCUUAACAUACGAAUGGUUCAUAAAGACUUCCAUUGUUUUGUUUUUCAAUAAAAUCGAUUUACUUGAGGAGAAAAUUAUGUAUUCAGAUUUAGAUAAGUACUUUCCGGAAUUCCAAGGACCCAAACACGAUUAUGAGGCAGCCAAGCAGUUCAUAGCAGGUAUGUUCGACGAUGCGAUGUCUAAUAGGAAAAACAAAUACCCACAUUUCACCUGCGCAACAGACACGAAUAACAUCAAAUUUGUCUUCGAUGCAGUUCGAGAUUCGAUAUUGAACGACAAACUCGAUAAAUUUGGUCUGUUCUGAAACAACGGUAUUGCCAAAAUAAACAUGCACUGUAUUCAAAUUUGUAGCAAAUAAAAGUAUUCAUAAUAAAUUAUAUUUCAUACAAAACAGUA